AUGCGUUACUUACAGAGCGAAAACACCGCUAUUCAUCAUGCUGUAAGGCAGGCGAUAAUAAGCGGUCUCAUCAUUGAACACAAUCCACGCAGUGGUACCUACAUUAUCCAUGACGCUGUGCGCAAGACAGUAAAAACUGGACUGCACAACGACCACAAUAAAAACAAUGCUGUCGACAGUGCCCUUGUCGAUCAACUAGUGCCGAAGACUGGGCGCGGGAAGAUUCAUAACCUGUUGCGCCAGUUGUUGAAGGCACGCAUGGAAGAAGAAGACAUUUCCGGGAAGACUGAUGGAGUUAUCCACAAACGCGCGCAACAAGUGAUGAAGUAAGUUAUAAAUAUAAAACAUA